UCUUACAUAGGUGAGAGUUUUGAUCAGGAGCAGGGAAACCACGAACGAAUCUGCACAAGACAAAGGCUGGAAAGGAGGAAUUAAUCAAAAGGCAGUGUCUUUCAGCGUGGUGAGUUUGAAACAGCAUUAGGGCCGAUCAGGUAGCAGUAAUUAAGUGAAAGACAAGACAAGGAAAGAGUUACAGUAAAAGAAGCAUAGUGUAGAAAAACAAGAUUAAAGGAAGGUGUCUUCUUCUGGCAUCGAAGUGGCUUCUGUGGUUUCUACUGCCCAGUCUACUGUGGUCUGUACGACCGGCAAAUUGCAGGAACGUAUCGACAGCAGUGAUAUAACCAUAAGGACUAAAUUUCAGGUUCCUGAAGAGAACACCAGACCCUUAAACCCACCACCACAACAAGUGCCUCAGCCCGGAAAACACAGAAAACCAAUGACGGCUCCAAAGACUCAGAAAAAGAAAAGACCAAACAGGAAAAAGAUCAUCAUUACUGUCCUGAUAGUGGUGGUCGUACUGGCCAUUGUGGCAGUGGCUGCGUUCUUCAUCAAGCAGUUGAUCGAGAGCAAGUAUUAUUUUUGCUCCACGUCGGUGAAGUUCAUUCCGCUAGAGAAGGCCUGUGAUGGGAAGGAGGACUGCAGUGGAGCGGAGGACGAGUCAGCCUGCGUCACAAAGUUUGAAGCCAACUCCACCUUCCCCUUACGGCUGAUCUCAACCAAUAAUGUGCUCCAGAUAUUCAGCCCUGAUGGUAAUAAAUGGAAAAGUGUAUGUGCAGACAGUUUCACCCAACAACAUGCUGAAACUGCAUGCCAGCAGCUGGGUCUCUCAGAUAAACCCACUUUCAGCACAGUUCAAGUGGGUGUUUUGCCAUCUGAUCUGAAGAUGUCUUUCUGUAUGGUGGGCUCAUCUAAUCUGACCGUAUCAGAUCUUAAGUUAUGCAGUCAGGGAGCAGUCGUCACGUUAACAUGCUCAGCAGAGUGUGGGUUGUCCAGAAACCAGGACCGGAUUGUAGGCGGACAGGACGCUAUCAUUGAGAACUGGCCAUGACAGGUCAGCCUGCAGAGCGUCGGCAAGCACACCUGUGGAGGGUCACUGGUGUCUCCAAACUGGGUCGUGACCGCGGCCCACUGCUUCAACGGGGAGGGCAAGAAGGCUCUGAUAAGAUGGAAGGUGGUGUCUGGAUACACAUAUUUGGGCUCUUCUGGAGCUUCAUCUGUGGACAAGAUCAUCGUCCACAGAGAAUACAGUUCAGGACGCAAAGACUACGACAUUGCCAUGAUACGACUCCAGUCUCCCAUUACUGUGGGAGAAUCUCGUAGGCCAGUGUGUCUGCCACCUCAAGGUCUUGGUCUUAAAGAUGGAGACCCCUUAGUUGUGACCGGCUGGGGCCAUAUGUCAGAAAAAGGGAAUUUGUCUCCAAAGUUACAGAAGGCUCAGAUCUCUCUGAUAGACAGUGCAAAGUGCUCAAGUCCCACAGUGUACGGCUCUUCUGUCACUCCCAGGAUGGUCUGUGCAGGUUAUCUGACAGGAAAAGUGGACGCGUGCCAGGGCGAUAGCGGCGGUCCUUUGGUGUAUAUAACUGAACGCUGGAUGUUGGUGGGUGUUGUGAGCUGGGGUGUGGGUUGUGCCAGAGAAAAUCGUCCUGGUGUUUACACAAACGUGGACCAGAUGCUCGACUGGGUGCAUUCGGUCAUGCAGGAGUACCAUUGAAUCUGGGAUGGAGAGAAAACCGCAAACCCACAGAUUCACAAAGAUCUUCAGUUGUCAAAAAGAAGAUAUAAUUUUGAAGAUAUACUGAUUUACAUAGAUUUGUGGAAGAAUCGCUGUGGGAGUUUUACUCAGGGUCUUAAAUGUGAAAUAUAUCAUGUACAGUAUGUACAGAGUAUAAUGAGAACACCUAUGCCAUCUUCUGGCUGAUUUAUACUACUACUUUUUUGGGACACAGCAAUGCAAUCUUAAAGGAACAGUUUUGUCAUUAUUUACUCAUCCUCAUAGCUCCAAAGCAGUACGACUUUCUUUACUUUGUGGAAAACAAAAUAAGAUGUUUAGAAGUAUGUUCAUUAUGCUCUCCUCUAAAGAACAAAAAUGGAUUGGGAACAGAACUCUUAGAAAUAAAGAUUCCAAAUGGGAGUUCCCUUAGUAAUGCCAUAGAAGAAUUAUGUUUGGUUCCCUAAAUAACAUUUCAGUGGACAGUUCUUAAAAGGAACCUCCCACCGCUUAUUUUUUUUUUAAAUAAUCUGAAGAGCAUUUUUCCACUAAAGAACCUUUUUUUUUCUGUAAUGGAAAGAUUCCAUGGGUGUUAAAGGUUUCAUCAUGGAGCCAUAGAUGCCAAUUAAGAACUUUUAUUUUUAAGAGAUGCAGGGUCAGUGAAGUUCUAAAACAGACAAAACUAUAACGCAAAAGUCCAUACGAUAGCUUUGUGUUUGGAACUCAUUACAAUUGAAGUUUGAUAUGUUGUCAUUUGCUUUUAAUAUAUGGAAAAGAGCAGCUAAAUUUCUUAGGUUGUGUUCUAUUAAAGAUGGAACAUCAGAAAGUCUUGAGGAUGAGUAAAAAAAAAAUAUA